GGUACCGCGCUACUACCAUGCAGCCGGCCCUGACGCUACUCCUCGUCUGGCUUGCCCUCGUAGCAGGCCUGCCCCUGCAACCACCCAAGCCGCAUUUGGGAAUAAUUCGCAACUCGUACGUGCGCAACUACGAACCGGCUUGGUACGAUGCGGCCGUGCUGCGACGACAUCGCGAUCGAGUGCGUCGCGACGCCUCGUCCUCGUCUCAGGCCAGAGUCCAGCCGCUCAUCCUGCGAGUUCGCGCCCUCGACAAGCAAUGGACGAUGCGCUUGGUGCGCGACUCCGGAUUAUUUACCGACGACGCCGUUUUCGAGGGUUCCAGCGGUCCCAUCGAUUUCGACACGAGCCAUUCCUACACGGGCACGAUACUCGAGGAUGAAAACGCCAUGGUCCAAGGUGUCGUGACGGAGGACGGCCUGCUGGACGCGAGCGUGGUCACCGGCGUCGACGAGUACUACAUCGAGCCGGCCAGCAGAUACAUAUCCUCGGAGGAGGACACCUCGCCGCCCUAUCACACCAUCGCCUAUCGGGUCUCGGACGUGGAGAAGCCGCCCCAGCCGCUGCGCUGCGCCAGUCAGGAGCUGAAAAACGCCAGCCUGCGCGAGACCUUGCAAAAACUGGCGAGCGCGAAUAACACAUCGGAGCCGUUCUUCGAACGUUUGUUGGACCAAGAGGUUCGACUGCACGGCGCAUUUUACUCGAAAGAGCCCGAGGUCGAUCCAACUUCCACGAAGAAAGCGAAGAAACACGAAAAGGAUCUUUCCUCCUCAUCCUCCUCAAACGGUAGCAGCGGGAGCGGCAGCAGCAGCAACUCGCGUCUGGCGGAGCGUUACACGAGGCAUCUGCAGAAGCGAGCCACGAUAGAUCCGCGCAAGACCACCUGCAUGCUGUAUCUGCAGGCGGAUCAUCAGUUCUUCGCCCGAUACGGCACCGAGGAGGCCUGCAUCGAGGUCAUGACGCGGCACGUGCAGAAAGUCAACUCGAUCUACAAGCAUACAGACUUCAAUCAGGACGGCCGCCCGGACAACAUUAGCUUCAUGAUAAAGCGGGUGAAAGUUCACAGCGGCGACGCCCUGCGCGAUCCGAAUUAUCGCUUCCCCGGCAGCUACGGCGUCGAGAAAUACCUCGAGCUCUUUUCUGAGGAGGACUACGAUGCCUUCUGUCUCGCCUACAUGUUCACGUACCGGGACUUCGAGAUGGGCACGCUGGGACUGGCCUGGACCGGAGAUCUGAAAAACGCCGGCGGCGUCUGCGAGAAGAACGGGCAUUACCGGGGCAGCAUGAAAUCCCUGAACACCGGCAUAGUGACGCUUUUGAACUACGGCAAGCACGUGCCGCCGGCGGUCUCGCAUGUGACGCUCGCCCACGAGAUUGGACACAAUUUCGGAUCACCGCACGAUCCAGAGCAGUGCACGCCCGGCGGCGAGGAUGGAAAUUUCAUCAUGUUCGCUCGCGCGACCAGCGGCGAUAAGCGCAACAACAAUCGCUUCAGCCCGUGCAGCCUGAACGCCAUUAAUCCCGUGCUCAACACGAAGGCUCGAUCGUCCAAGGGCUGCUUCACAGAGCCGCAAGCCUCGCUAUGCGGCAACGGCGUCGUGGAAGAGGGCGAGGAGUGCGACUGCGGCUGGGAGGAGGACUGCCGGGACUCGUGCUGCUUUCCACAACGACGAUAUCCACCGGCCGAGGAGAAGCCGUGCACGCUCACGCCAGACGCUGUCUGCAGUCCCAGCCAGGGUCCGUGCUGCACGGGAGACUGCAGAUUGAGAUUCGGUGACAAGUGUCGCGACGACAACGGCUGCAGGGACGCCAGUUUUUGCGACGGCCGAGCGCCCUAUUGUCCGCCGUCCAUUAACAAGCCCAACAAAACCAUCUGCAAUCAAGAGCUCGUUUGUUUCAUGGGGGAGUGUACAGGAAGUAUUUGCCUCGCCUACGGACUCGAGUCCUGCCAAUGCAUACCCGGACCAGACGAUCCAGCGACCAAAGCCUGCGAGUUGUGCUGCCGUUUGCCCGGGGAAAACCAGCCUUGCCUUUCGUCGUACGAUUGGAAUUCGCCACCGUACGACAUACCCGACAUGUUCGCCAAGCCCGGCACGCCCUGCAAUGACUACAACGGCUACUGCGACGUCUUUCAAAAGUGCCGCGAGGUCGAUCCGAGCGGACCCCUCGCCACGCUGAGAAAGCUCCUGCUGUCCGACGAGACGCUGGCCACCUUCAAGCGGUGGAUCAUCGAUCACUGGUACGCGGCCACCCUCGUGCUCAUCGCCACCAUCUCCCUAUUGAUACUAAGCACGCGAUUGUUCAGAAGAAAGCCGGACAAGAAGCUCAAGUCCGUGACGAUAAUCCACAGCUCGACGACGGAGACUGUGCGACUGCCGCCGGAAGGAGCGGAGGGCGUGACGGUGCAUCCACCGGCCGUGAGGGCCAAAUUGCCGCUUAAUAAGAAGGUACGGGAGAAGCGACGCAGGCCCAAAAGGAAAAAGGACGCGAUCGCUCACGACAAGGCAUUGUCCAAGACGAAGAGAAAACGCGUCGCAGCCUCGCAGAACGUCAGCUCGAACGGUCCAGCGCCGUCCGCGCCACCGGAGGAAGCAGUGAAAAAGCGCAACCCCCCUGCCACGGUUCCGCCAUCGUUACAGACUCCAGCCACGGCCGAAGCAACGAAAGCCGCCGCCAACACGGCCGAAGCCUCGAAGAGCCCUCAGCCGAUUAGCCAAGCCCAGCAGCAACAGCAGCAGCAGCCGAGUGGUCGUCGCGUCGCGAAGGACAAGUCGACGAACGACAAAACCAACUCGUCUACGGAAACCAACUCGGCAGCAGUGACUGCUUCCGCGGUGACGGCAGCUGCCCUCACGGCUGCGGCGAUCGUCGCCAAGAAGAAGUCGUCCUCUCAGCAACAAACGACGCAACAGCAGCAGCAACAACAACAGUCACAGCCGACACAGCAGCAGCAGCAGCGCAAAAAGAAAGAAGUGAUCGACUACUCGGCGAAGCAAGCCGAGCAGGCGGGCGAACCUCUGCCACCGCCGGGUGUGCCGGUGGCGGUGGCUGGCUCGACGAACCCCGUGCCGAUCGUCGCCCCGGUCGUGCCCGCCGCCGUGGUCAUGAGCUCGUCGGGCGCCGCCACCGACCCCAAGAGCAAGGUGCGCUCCUGGCUGCUCAACUCGCACACGCCUCAGCUGCCCAAGAGCAAGUCGCAGCCCGUCAACUUGCAGGCGAACCCGUUGCGCUCCGGCAACGCGGCCGCGCUCAGAUCCGCCGCUGCGCGGCAAGCGAAUUCGAAAAGGCUGACGGGCUCGAAGUCACGCAGCGUUGGCAAUUUGACUGGUGCCGCUGCGUUGGCGGCGGCUCAGGCGGCAGCGGCGACUGCCGCCGCCACGGGUGCUGGUGCAUCGCCGAACAAUACAGCGGCGGCAGCGGCGGCAACGACGACUACCAAAGGCAACAACAACGAGCGAGUCAGUCUGCAGGUGCUGUACAAGCCGCCGUUCAAGUUCAGCUGGAGGCUGCGUCGACCGGACAAAGCGGCGGCCACUACAACGACGACGGCCGCAGCGGCUGCGGCUGCUAAAGCUGCCAAGGCUAAGGCGGCAAAGGCGAGGCCUCAGCGCACGGGGGUGCUGCUGCGCACCAUUGCCGAUCGCAAGGCCCACAAGGAGCGCAAACGCAAGUCGAAGCCCAGUCGGGCCUCGUCCAAGCUCAGCCAGGCGUCGUGCAUCGGCGAGCCGGCCAACUCCGAUCUGCACACCGUGCCCUCGGACCUUGAGGUCCUGCUCUCCGAGAGCGAGUUUCUCUUCAACGAUACUUAAGAAAAUUUGCGAUUGCGGCUGUGUACCUUAUUUGUGCACCCAUUAAAUGUAUUGGUUUGGAUUUCUAAAAUUAGUUUUUCAAUCGAUCUUUUAUAAUUAGUAGUCAUUUUAGUUUUUUUCUCAUUAAGCUCUUUCAUUUUCGAUAUUUCCGAUCAAGCCUAACUUUGAAGCAAAGUUUUUUUUAUGCAAGUAACGAAAAAUAAACAUCGAUUUAUGCGGUUCAUCAUCAAUUGGCUACCAUCAAUACUUUUAAUUUAAAAAAUUGAUUGAAAGUAAUUUGCUUCUACUAAAAUAAGUUCACCGUCAUAAAUACAUAAAAAGUAUAACAGGAAAUAUAUUUCAUAUUAUCAAGUUCCUACUGCCUUUCACUACUUAAUGUAACUAUAAUGUUUAAGCUUUAACAAUUGUAAUUUGGAAAUCCGACCCGAUACAUUGAUGCAAUGUCAGCUGGUCAAAGCGACAAUUACUUAACGACAGUCAGGCCAAUCGUUAUUCGAGCAGUAAUAAGACUUAGACAUACUGCCAGUAAAGAAUAGACAUACACGCAGGCUCGAUUACCGCGAAACGCGUUGAGCUAUCGUGCGAGGAGGAAACACACUGCCAAGAGGCGAGAAAGCACGGGGGGUGUCGCACUUUUGUACAUAAGAUUUACUGUGAUUUUUUAGCGAGUCUCAAGAGCACCAUUGAAUGAGCUUGCUUGCGAAAAAAAAACGAAGAAAAAAACAAAAAAAGUUUGAAGUAAGAAAAGCAAUGUUCCUGAACAACGACAAGCUGAGGCGGAUAAUAAAAACGGUAAAAAAUUCUGGUGACUUAGCGUGCGCGCGCGCGUUGGAUGAACUUUCUCUUCGGUUAACUUUUAGUUUUUUUUUUUUACUUUUUUUUACUCUUUUUGCCUCUUCAAAGGUCGUCGUCCAAAUGUAGAGUUUAAAAAAGAAUGACGACGAACAGGAUGCGCUAAUGCCGUAGUAUUAUUCUUCGGACUAACUGCUGUCGUUGAAGAAUAAGGAGUUUCAGCGUCUCAUAGAGUUUUGUCGUAUCGCGCGCUCAGAUUUAAUUUUUUUUCUCAUUUAUUUCACUAAUAUAAAUAUGUCAUUGCUUAAAAAAAAAUGUGAGCUCUAUUAUAAAUAAUUAUCGUUCGUUUGCAAACUGUGUAAGAUGUGCUUAAUCGACUAGUCAUAGACUUGCUAAUGUGCUAGAUCUCGUGAGUUCUUUUAAACUGAUAACUGUUGGAUGAUCUUCGCGUUCUGUAUGAGAAUUAUUUUACAAAAUUUCGAUUUAAUAUCGAAUACUAAAAGUCAUAACGCGAGGAUCAUCGGUCAUCUGGAACUGAGCAAUUAUGAGUGUAAAUACUUAAUCUUCGGUAAAUCGCUACUCAACAAUUAAAACUACGAACGAGCAGAGAAAAAAAGAAAGAAAGAAAUAUAAUUUGCCAAGGCAGAACUUUUAUACAUAUGUCGGGACCACACGCCCGUUCAUAGAUGAAUAUUGGAUCUGCUUGCAAUGAAAUAAUCAGAUUUUCAUUGAAAUUAAGUCGGUAUAAAAUAAUCCAUGGAAAGCUCGGAAAUAUAUUCUUUUAUUCAAUGAAAGCCUGAAAAAAUUAAUUAUAAUUUUCCAUAAGUAUUUAUGUAAACCUGUUUUAUUUCUAUUGACGAAUCGCAUCAAAUAGCCAGUAUCUCCGUAUGUUAUUGAAUCAAAAUUAUAUUCUAUUUCUAAAAGAUAUAUCAUGGAAUAUUAGGAUGAACGAUUCUUUUUUUAUGAUUGAAACUGUUUCAAUUACUCUCAAAACGAUAAAUUUUGUCGAAGUAAUAGUGAUAGAUAAAAGUUUGGUAUGCUACAUUAAAAAUAUCAAUAAUUCUCGAACCUACAGCUGCUCUCGAUGACGUCGUUCCUCUAUAGCUAGAAAUUCAUUGAUGAAAAAAUGUUUCGCACGGUUCUAGCAUGUAAAUAUGCAUAAACUAAACGUCAUAAAGUAAUGUAUAGCACCGCACGACUCCUGCGGUGGUUGAGAAACCGCAAACGGCUCUCAGUGCUAUCAACGGAAACAAUACACAUAAAUACAAAAUAAUAUGAAUACGAUGUAUGUAUAUAUGUUAUAGAUAAAUUCUUUCGUACAGUCGGUUAUUAUUAUAUAUAUAAAAGCAACUAACGUGUUACUGAUAUUUUUGUGAUGAUUGUAAAUAAAAUAUGAAAAAAAAAGAUGAAAAAUAACCGACUAAUGUCGUAAGAUGAAUGUAAAAUAGGGUUUAAAUUUAUUUCUGCUUCCGAAUAAGAUACUAUAUAUUUAUGACUAUGAAUUAUUUUUUGCCGUCGACUUAUUCAAGUGCAAUCGUAACGCCGAGUAAGAAUUAAUUAAAUUGACUUUCAUGUUGCAGCAGCUUUCAUGAACUAUAAUUAUUGUCAUACUGCCUUUGUUGCAUUGUUCAUUAUAUAAGUGCUAGAAUUAUAAUUAAUUUCUUAUAACAAUGUUGUACUGUCAUGAUCUAUAUUGAUAUUGUACUUAUUAUAGAAAAAAUACUUCUAUUUUCAGUAACUUUGUCUCAUUUACUAUGUAUUAGAUUCGAAAAUUAUUAAUAUCAUGAACUAUUUUAUUUUAUGCGAAUGAUUUGAAUGUUAUUGUUUGCGUAAUAUCUAUUAACAAUCGGUGCUACUUUAACUGCUGUUAUAAGCACUAAGCUACGUGUAAAUCAUACGAAUAAUUUAAGUCUCAAUAAGAAAAGUAAAAAAGGAAAACCAUUAUCUGGAACAAAAAAUUUUAUUAAAAACUUUUUUCUGAUGUCAAAACACUUUUUUUGGUCAGAUAAAAUUUAGACAAUGAUGAAUCUCAGUUCUGCAAGGAAAUCUUCGCAGGAUAUUGAUUACUUUCUGCGGGUCAGUGCGCGUUUCAUAGAGCUAGAAACGUUCAAGAUUUUAUACUUUUAAAAUUGAUCAAAUGUGGCAAAAUUUUAACGUUUACGCUCAGGAAUAUUUCUUGAACAAUAAAUAAAUUUAAAAAACUGAAAUUAAUCUUAGGUUUGAAAUUGUCAAAACACACCGACCCCUGCGACAUGAACGUGAUAUAUAAUCCUAGGCUAAUUAUUUUAUAGUAAAUUAUAUUUACUAUGUGUACUAUUGCGCUGGUCUUCCAUUGGAUUAAUUUUUGUAAGUAAUUAUUUUUGAUGGUUUAAUUUUUAAGAGAAUUGACUUUGACUAUAGGAAUCAAUUUCGUAUGAAAUUAUGAAAAAUAGUUGACUAAGCUUGAAAAAUUAGAAAAAUGUGUGAGUAUCAAUUAAUGUAGACCAGUUUGGAAAUAUGCAGAUGAUAACGUUAACUUGAAAAAUGCUUAUCUGCACUUAUUUACAAUAAUUAUGAAUUUUCUAAAAUUGUUAAAGUAUGACUCGUUUAUUUUAUUGUGUUAGAUCAAUAAAACUCAAUAAAGAUAGAUGCGCUUGAUAUGUUGUUUUUAUAAAAGGCCUGAUUGCAUAUAAGUUGAAUCCCGUUAACAAGACAUAUUGAUUGAUAUGGCUACUGUAUUUUUACACUACAACUUGUGUGUAAAUAAUGUUAACGAUGGCUGUAACA